AGAAAACAUGGCGAACAAAAUUUUUUAAAAUUUUCGAUAAAUCUAUAUAAUAAAGAAUAUCUGCCUGUUUUCACCAGGAUGUCGUACGGGAAAUGGAUAUCUCGGUUAAUGAGAAGACAUUGCUUGAGUAUUGAGGGAUGGCUGACGGCAUUUCUGUGUAUAUUUGUAUAUUUACUUGUGUUUCACCGAACUUCUAUGAAGAAUUUUUUCCAAAAAACCAAAAUCAGAUUCCAGAUUUGGUGGAAAGGUUGUUACACUUCUAACUGUGAUAAAGAACUAACGAAUGAAAAGGUCAAAGCAUCGUGGGAAUUAAGAAAAGGAAAUGUUGGAGUUUACGCAAUACAAGGACGUCGCAAUCACAUGGAAGAUAGGUUCAAUGUGGUUCUGGAUUUGGAACAUACAGGGACAUCUAUAUAUGGGAUCUUUGAUGGUCACGGUGGAGAGUUCGCGGCUGAUUUCACAGAGAAAACCUUAUUUAAAACAAUAAUGGUUCGUCUUCUGAAGGCAGCACUAGCAGGCAGCACGGAGGACCUUUCUGCCCUCCUCACAGAAGAGUUCCUAUAUGUUGAUAAACAACUUUUAGCCAUAGAAAAGGCAACAAAUGAAGUCUCAGGUACAACAGCACUCAUAGCAAUGGUUAAAGACAAUAUAUUGACAGUGGCAAAUGUGGGAGAUAGCAGAGGUGUCUUAUGUGACUGCAAUGGGAAGGCAGUAGCGCUAUCUAUCGAUCAUAAACCUCAAUUGUUAAAAGAGAGGAAACGAAUAAAAAAGGCGGGAGGAUUCAUAAGUUUUAAUGGAGUAUGGCGAGUUGUUGGGGUCCUCGCGACAUCACGUGCAAUGGGGGAUUACCCCCUCAAAGAAAAAAACUUUGUCAUAGCCGAGCCAGAUGUAUUAACUUUCGAUCUGAAUGAAGUAAAACCAGACUUUAUGAUUCUCGCUACUGAUGGUUUAUGGGAUGCUUUCAGUAAUGAGGAAGCAGUAAUGUAUGUCAAAGAGAGGCUGGAUGAGCCUCAUUUUGGCGCAAAAAGUCUCGUAUUUCAAGCUUAUUACAGAGGCUCUCUUGAUAACAUUUCAGUGAUGAUAGUGAAUUUUAAGGCGCAAAAAAUUGUGACUGUCCGAAAUGGAAUGUCAGCGUAAAAUAAUAUUUUAACAACUGAGAAAUAUUGUAAAUGCACAUGAACUAAUCUAC